ACACCGUCAUCAACAAUCAAGACAAAGUUUUUUUCAUCGACUGUUUUAUAUGCGACAGGACUGCCAAGAGCAACAAUGAUUGCUACGUCAUAUCCUGUGAAGAGCAACUGAAUGUCACAGGAUUAUGUUCAGAAAUAAAACAAGCAAAAACAACAGUAAUAGGAAGAACAACAAAUGAAACCAACAUGCCUGAAACAGGAACAUGGCAAAUUACUACAGUAGCUGAUAUAUCAUUAGUGAUAACAGGGACACAAGGCAUAACAAAAAAUACAAAAAUCAGUAAAAAAGAAGUACUUCAAAUUGUCAUCUACCUGGUGGAUGCUGUAUUACUAGGAGGGAUCAUCUUCACUCUACGUCUCAUAUAUCUUCGAAAGAAAAAAAUUAAAAAGAAGCAAAAGAUGAAACCAAAUCAAAGCCUUAGAAACGCGGGAUAUUCAGACGUCGAGAUCAGUACCGAUGUAGAUUUACAGGAAGUCACUGGAAUAGUUAAUCAUAAUUACUUUGUCCUUGAACUCCAGGAACAACCCCUUCAAUCAACGGAUACUACAAUUAACAAGGAGACGGAAAGUCCAUAUGUUGACACAAAAGACGGGAUUUAUGAUCAUCUCAGAGAACACAGAGAAAAGAAAGUCAACGAAAAAAAUACCAGUGACGAGGCAAACAAAAGUAUUUCGAUAUCAGAUUACCCAUACACUGAAUGCGUAGAAGUGUAUGAUCAACUCCGAGAUAAAAUUGUAUCAAUGGAAGAUUAUACUGAGGAUAUCCACAAUCAUGUUUUUGCAACAACCAGUACAGCUUCAGUUCAUGCUACUGCAGAUAGAUGUAAUCAAUACAAAAUGCACAGUACCUUUGACAAAGUAUCGAACAUCAGACCUGAUGCUACAUAUAUCAAUCUUCCACACGAGAAUGGAAAUAACAUUUCUGAAAGAUUGGAUGAAGAUCAUCCAUAUUUCAUUCUGACACCACAAACUAAUAUAAUUAUAAAAUAUGUAGAAAAAAAUCAUUAAUUCAUUCUCAAAAAAUCAGAUUUCAAUAAAAGUUCAUUCUAGUAAAAUUAGUGUAUUACCAAUCAAUUAUAAUAUGCUUUUAUUACUUUUUUACCAACCACCUUUUCUUCCAACCACCUCUGUUCUGACUUCUUAUUUCUUUAAUCGGAGUCACGUCAGGGUUUGGAAAGUAUUAACCAUUUGUAUUAUUUAUUAUACAAUUUUCAUUGAUA